CGUCGUGUUAGCCGCACAAGUCAGUGUCGCGGAAAUGUUUUGAACUCGCUGAGCAGGCAACCGCGACGACCGGCCGACGUGCGACACAUAGGCGUGUCUGGUGAAGAAUACCAGCCGCGAAGCGUGUUGUGCUUAACGGCACUAUUAGAAUAGUAGACUAGUUAGAGCUUUAAUUAUCUGCUAAUUGGAUUUCGGAAAAUCGUCGGAAAAUCGGGGGAUUCUGGAAGGGACUUUAAACAGCCAUGGGGAAGCAAAACAGCAAGUUAAAACCGGAAGUUCUGGAGGAUCUCAAACAGAAUACUGAAUUCUCAGAUGCGGAGAUCCAGGAAUGGUACAAAGGAUUCUUAAAGGAUUGUCCCAGUGGGCACCUGAGUGUGGAGGAGUUCAAGAAGAUAUAUGGAAAUUUCUUUCCUUACGGCGACGCGUCAAAGUUCGCAGAGCACGUAUUCAGGACGUUCGAUGCAAACGGCGAUGGCACGAUCGAUUUUCGGGAAUUUCUCUGCGCUCUCAGCGUUACGUCCCGAGGCAAGUUGGAGCAGAAGUUAAAGUGGGCCUUCAGCAUGUAUGAUCUGGAUGGCAACGGUUACAUCUCGCGACAAGAAAUGCUGGAAAUCGUGACGGCGAUCUACAAAAUGGUGGGCUCCGUAAUGAAAAUGCCGGAAGACGAAUCGACGCCGGAGAAACGAACUGAUAAGAUAUUCCGACAGAUGGAUAAGAACAAGGACGGCAAGCUAUCGCUUGACGAAUUUAUAGAGGGUGCGAAGAGCGACCCGUCUAUCGUGCGACUGUUGCAGUGCGAUCCUAGUGCACAAGCUCAGUGAGGCCCUGGGCCAAUACAGACAAAUAUCAAUAUGCCAUCUGCAUACCCAAAUCGGUGCCCGGCCCAAUUAGUAUCCCAAACAGAAGCGACGCGAUCGUAAGAAAUUGCCUACCGACGUUUGGUAGUCUGGUAGUCUGU